GACUAACUACAUAUGUAGGUGCUGACAUUUCUACAUAUGAAAUUAAAAAAGAAAACAGCUCAUAAAAUGUUAUACCAUUUACAUAACUAACGUUAUACCAUUUACAUAAUUAUUUGUAAUACAAAGUUUUAAACACAAAUGAAGGUUGGUAUGUCAUCUCAUCACUCACAUGCAGUUGUACGUCACUGCGAACACACGCAGGUCAAAAUACAUACCGUUGCUGAGCUACUUCUUCUCUCAGGACAAUUCCGUCCAAUCAAAACAGAGAAUACAAAUGGAGUGAAAAUCUCGCUGGCCUCCGCCAAGGAACAGAUCAACUCCUCGCUGAGUAUCGUCAUGGAGAUUGUAACGGAUAUAACGAAAAUGAUGAGUGACAUGAAGUCGCGCUGGAAGGUUAUGUGUGAUAUGUUAUACCGGCUAUCAGAUGCUGUGACAGUACUAAUCGAGUUAUGUUAUUUUGUUAGUUUCCAGUAUCUAGGUGCAGGAAAAUCGAGCACUGAAGACGUGUUAGUCGAUAAAUAUGCAGCCUCAUACGCAGGUUUAGAGAUUAGAUUAAGUUGCGUCCAGUUAAAACGGGCUCGUCUUGACGAACUGACUGCUACUUUUAUUAUGGAUAUAUGUUCUAAUAUAUCAAAAUACAUAUCAGUAUUGACAGAUAAUUGCCGUGGCGCGAGCGAGUCGGCAUCAGACACGGCAACUAGGGAUCAGUUCAAAUUAGGAAUCAAAAGUGUCACAUGCGCAGCUGGGAGUUUGAUUGCCAGUAUUAAAUCGUACAAGAGUGAUAGGUCAGCGAGACAUCAUUCACGAGUAGUGACUUUCUGUGAGCCGGUCCUUGCAGCAAGUCAUGCCCUAGUAUGUCUAGCUACAGAGGAAGAGUUUGUUGACCGAGGGCUGGAUCUUACACAUGAUGAACAAGAAAUACAGAAAUCUGUCUUUGGUCCAUGUAUGAAUAUUGUUUCUGGAUGUGUUCAGAUGUGCAAGACUCUUCGAGACUUUGCCCAUGACACCAACAACACUCACUACCUUCAUAAGGCGAAAUCUUGCCAGCACUCUGUUGCCAAAUCCACCGGUUUGCUGAAACAUGCCCUUCAAAACCAUCUCAAAAUGGACUUCCAUAUAAGAAGUGCUAGUCCAAUUAGGGGAGAUAACAGAUACCAGCCUCAAUCUGAAGAAUCUGAAGCUUUGCAUGAGCUGCACAGAGAGUCGUCUCCCUUUGAUAGGAAAUCUCCACAGCCAACUGAAAGUCACAGAGAUUUGUCUCCCUUCAAUAGAUCUUCUCCUCAGGAGUUAUCACGAGAUUUGUCUCCCUUUAAUAGAUCUUCUCCACAAGAAUUACCACGAGAUUUGUCUCCCUUUAGGAGCUCUCCACAGCCACUAGAGAAUCAUGGGAGGAAUGACCUUUCACCAAGGUCAACUGUAGCCUCAUCAGAUAUAUCUUUCACAAAUAGUUCUGUGUCUAGAUGAUUAGAUUAUAUAUAAUUAGUAAUUUUAGUAGCAAAAUAAGGGGUAUACAUAACAGUCAAAAUUCCUGUAGAAAUGUUUAAAAAAAAUAUUUCUAAAACUUUGUAUAAAAAAAACAAACCGUAAUGUUUCCAAUAAGCUCCCUUUGAAGAAUAAGCAAUUUUUCUAAAGGGCAGGAAGAGAUACAUGUACGUUAUAUACCAUAUUACAGGAAAGCUGUUUAUUUUAGAUACAUUUGUCAUAAAUAUCUACUGACUAGCUCAGUCUGGUUUGAUCCUUGGGCUAGGAGAAAUUUCUCUCCAUCUUUUGAUUUGAGUCAUCAAGUGUAACUCAUUGCU